UUUUGGGGUUUUAACUUUGGUGCUGUUGCUUCCCCUCUUAUCUACCCACAAAAAGAUCCCGUCUUUGGUUUGUUAAAAGAAAGAAAAAAAGGUUAGAACUUGAAAGAAAGAAAGAGAAAAAGAACCCUCCCAGAAAAAAUGCCACCUUGCGUUAAUUAGCCACGUACUUCUUAGCUUCAUGGCAUUCGCGGAAGGUGGUGUUUUGACUUUUAAAGCCUAAAGAGAGAAAUUUUCAAAAAAAAAAAAAUUUUUGAUAGAUUGAAAGAAAAGGCCUUCAAUCGGGGAUGGGUUUCAAGUGAUUAUCUUUAUCUCUAUCUCUUUUCCAAAAGAAAAAAGAAAAUGGAGAAGAGAUCUUGGCUGAUCAGAGUCCCAUUCUCGAUGGUUCUUCUUCUUAGCUUUGAUUGGUUUCUCGAUUUCCAAUGAGACCAAAGUUUGAUUUUUCUUUUCAGUGGUCAAUUGUUGAUGAGCUUGGAAAUUUUAGUUUCGGAGUAUUUAUUUCAGGAACAAUCUCUUGAUUGUCCCUUCUCCGAAGAAGAGAGGAAAGUAUACGAGGGAAGACAAAAAGAAAGGAAAAAAAAAGAAGGAAGCUCUGGGUUUGAGAUUUUGUAGUGUUUUCAAGUAUUUGGAGUGAAUUACAGGGAAAAUAAGAAAUGUCAGAAGAGGCAAAUUCUUGGAUCAGGAGAACAAAGUUCUCUCACACUGUUUGCCAUAGAUUGGACUCAUCUAGAUUGGGCUCUUUCCCUUUGAAUUUACAAUCAGCCAGGAACCAGUACCGGAGUUUAGGAUCGAAACCCAGGUCAACUGUGGCUUCUUCUAUUCAGAAACCAGUUCAUAAUGAUCCACAGAUUCAGCCAAAUCCGAUCACCAACAAACAAAGAUCUGUAUCCCCUGUCCCUCAGACUGUUCUGCCGGAUACUUUCAAGGAAGCAAAGUCUGAGAGGAGGAGAUCCUCAACCCCACAUCCUCAAAGGAAAGAAUCUGAGAAGCGACGUGUGGGCAAGUUUUUACACAAGGAAUCCCACCAGACAAAACGAUCCGGUUCACCUGCACCGUCUUCCAUUUCAAGCCCCCUUAGGCACUUGGGUUCCUUGAAGGUUUCAGAUAGGUCAAAGGGCAUGAAAGAAUCAGCUUGGACCAAGUAUUUUGACCAUGCUGGAGGACGGGUUAACGCGGUAGAUGCAGCUGAUGAACACACGGUUGAUCUUUCCCAGCUAUUUCUCGGGCUUAGAUUUGCACACGGUGCGCAUAGCAGGCUUUAUCAUGGCAUAUAUAAGGAGGAAGCUGUUGCAGUUAAGAUUAUUAGGGUACCGGAUGAUGACAAUGGAGACUUGGCUACUAGGUUAGAGAAACAGUUCGAUAGAGAGGUUAAUCUUUUAUCUCGACUCCACCAUCAGAACGUUAUAAAGUUUAUAGCAGCAUGUAGAAAGCCACCGGUUUAUUGUGUUAUAACAGAGUAUUUAUCAGAGGGCUCAUUAAGGGCCUACUUGCACAAGCUUGAUCAUAAGUCUCUUCCAUUGAAAAAGUUAAUUGUUAUUGCUCUCGAAGUUGCUCGUGGAAUGGAAUACAUUCAUUCUCAAGGAGUCAUUCAUCGCGAUCUUAAACCAGAGAACGUUCUUAUUGAUCAGGACUUCCACAUGAAAAUUGCUGAUUUUGGUAUAGCUUGUGAGGAGGCAUAUUGUGAUCUACUGGCAGAUGACCCUGGGACUUAUCGUUGGAUGGCACCUGAGAUGAUCAAAAGGAAAUCGUAUGGAAGGAAGGUGGAUGUGUAUAGCUUUGGACUGAUGUUGUGGGAACUGGUUGCCGGAACAAUCCCAUACGAGGAUAUGAAUCCUAUCCAAGCUGCUUUUGCAGUUGUGAACAAGAAUCUGAGACCUGUUAUUCCCAAAGACUGUCCACCCGCAAUGCGAGCUUUAAUUGAGCAAUGUUGGUCAUUAAACCCGGAGAAGAGGCCUGAGUUUUGGCAGAUAGUGAAGGUGUUGGAGCAAUUUGAGUCGUCACUCAAUCGUGAUGGAACACUGGAUUGGGUACCGAACCCAAAUUGCCAAGAUCAUAAGAAAGGGCUGCUUCAUUGGGUUCAAAAGCUCAGUCCAACGCACAACCCGCACUUUCACGCCUAUGCUUCUUCACCUAUGCCUAAACCUAAGUUCUCAUGAAUUUUUAUUUUGACUGACCCGACAUUUGUAGUGUCACCGGGUCAAUUGUAAUUAAAAGGUUCGUUGUCUUAAGCUUCUUUAUUUGUACCUUAUUGAAUGAAAUAGAUUGGUAGGCAAUGGCAUGCAUGUGUGUUUCUUUUUGUCAUUAUAAAACGAAUGAUCAUUAUUUGGAGCAGAAAGUUUUAAAAAAUUGUUGAAAUAUAACCAAAAUAAUCAGAUGUCUGUUUAUGUAA